AAAAACAUUAUGCAAUUGUUACCGGUUUUGUUGACACAAACUAUGAAAUACUUACCGCAGGCUGUCGAGGAUCCGAUUCGCUUGGCUUUGGUCGUUACUUUGGGUCAGUAUUGUGACUCAGCGUUGGAGUAUCUUUCGAUCAAUGACGAUUCUCCGGCUACUUGGGACACCAUCGUUGAGCUGUUAUCCCCGCACACUUGUGCUGCAGUUGAAUUAAUUUUGAAUUCAUGGCUGUCAAAUACUAAAGAUAUGAUGCUCCUCACAGCCGUCUAUGCGAACGUCGGUUCGUUCGCCAGCCUCACCGAAACAAAGUACCUGAUCAGCGAAUUACCCAAAGUGCUCAGUUGCCUCAUUGUGCAAUGGCGUCGAGCUGCUUCGCUUGCCAUGGAACUGGCUUUGUGCCAGUCGCUAAACACAUUUGUAAGCACAGUGAUUCGCCGCUCUCAUGCCAGUAGCCCUAUUUCGUCACCGACCCGAUCUGAGAACCCAGUCACUUCUCCCCGUCCGGGAGACAGUGGGUUUAUUUUGUCGAGAUUGAGUACCUCAUCGAAACUGCAAAAUCAGUCAGCUCCGACGGAUUUGCAAUCGAUUUUUGCAUCCGAAAUAGAUGGAUUGCUCACGUGCCUCUUUCAUCAUCUGUUUUUGAUUGCGCAACGUCAAGCUUCCAGUGACAAUCCGGUCACCGUGGCAACACAUACGAAAUUGAUGAAUGAGAUUACACGUGCCUUUGCCACAUUAUGCUCUUCUUAUCCUGAUCGUGUCUGGUUGGCUGUCCAACCUCAUCUGACUAGCGGUCCCGAGCUAUCCAGGACAAUCACACUUGAUCUGCUCCGUCAUCUGGUUUCCACCGGAUCUUCGCCAGACCGUUCCCCAUUUUCAAUGACCACAAGACAGCAGAUUGUGAACACUAUGCUCCGUUUGUUAUUCGGAUCCGGAGUCUCGCUUUCAGGAUCUCAACAACUCCACACGGGCAAUGCACUCAGUUCUCCAGCAUCGAUGAAUACGGGCUUAACAACAAACGUAUUGAAUCGACGCUCUCUGCGUCACAGUCUGAUGGGUGAUGUAGUUCACGGAGCUCCACUGGGACCAAACCGUGAUAGCCUGUUAUUAGGAGAGAUUGCGGCCGGUGAACACGUGUCUCCGUUGAUCCGAGUGGAAUUGAUCAAACUGAUUCUGACUGUGGGCAGUUUAGGUUAUUUGGAUUUAGAAGGUGGUCAUAUCCUCAUCGAAUUUGUCAUACGACAAUACGCUGCCACCUCAGGAUCUUCAGUUCCAAAUGAGAAGACGUCGCGCUCAAAUCCUAGCCCGCGUGAAAUUCGUAAUCUUUGCGUGCAUGUGAUGAAGCUGAGCUCGUCCACCGUGUCCGCGAUGCGUUCUGUACUAUGGCCUUUCUUGCUCGAAUUCCUCAUGCCGAUUGACUGUACCGAAGCGAUUGGAGUGGUAUGCGACAGUAUCGCCAACAUAUUGGCCAAACCUCCGACAGACAGCAAUUGCCUACGUAGCAAUUCAGUUAUGCACCAAAGUGUUAACAAUGAUUUGGGCAAAAUCGAUGGUUCUGAUCAGGAUGUAGAAACCACGGAACACAAUCCGGGCACAGCUAUUUCUCAGCACAAAAACCUCCCCUCAUCACACAAGCUGUUCGCUCGUCUGGUGGUCCUUUUGGGUGUUCCAAUAAACGGUGGAAAUCGAGGUUUGCCCAUUCUUCGCGUAAUGCUAGCUUUGGCCAAACAGAUACAUCCGACUCUGCCGAUGCUGUGGAAUCUUGUCUUACCCAGAAUGAUACUGUACCUCAGUCGUAUGUGGUUUAUUUUCACUUUGUGA